AUGGAGGAAGAGGACGUCGCUCUGUACGAGACGCUUGGCCUGGAUCCAGAUGCUACUGACGUCCUGACAUUGACGGACCGCGAUAUAUCGCGCGCCUAUCGAAAAGCGGCGCUGAAAUGGCAUCCCGACAAGAACCAAGGUGACGCGCAAGCUGCAACCAAGUUUUCGGAGGUCUUUAGUGCCUACGAAACGCUUACCUCCCCACCAGAACGCGCCAAGAUUGACGCCGCUAUCAGAGCUGUUCGCAGUCGCCGCGAGCGCUUCCAAAAACUCGACGAAAGUCGAAAGCAGCUUAAGAGUGAACUGUAUCGUAGGGAGGCUGAAGCUAAUGCUACCGCAAAGCAAAAAGUCAAUUUGAAUAAUGCCGCCCUUAAGCGAAUGCAGAGGGAGAUUGAGCGUUUGAGGCAGGAGGCGUUAAGACCAGACGCGAUGGCUAAGCCACACCCCGCCAGAAAACCGAGGUACAAGCCCGAAAGCAGCAGCAGUGCCGGAGAGUGGGCAAACGUAGUCGGCUAUGAAGAAUUCCGUUCUCCUUCGUCAAGCGGAAAUAAUAUUGACUUCGACAUUUUUGAACAGGCUGUCUUGUCGGGAACAAAUCCGUAG